CGUGCCGCGUGCUCGUGGCGCGUUCCAGCAGGACACACGUCACAGGAAACACUUCUCUCUUCCGACAGCGAGGUCAAGAUGGCGCGCUGCAGCAUGUGAAGGGGACUCAGCCGCAGCCGGCCGUUCGUUUGAGGAACAUGUACAAAACCCCAUGUAGUAGACUGACGGGAGUCUGGAAAUGCCUUUCACGUGAUGGUUUGGUUGGUGUCGGCGUGCAGCAGAAGCUCAUUGCAAAUGUGGCCAGGAGUCACAUGAGUGCCAGGCGUCUGAUUCAGCUCUGCAGGAGAGAUCAAGCAGAAUGGAUGACGUUCCAGCAUCUCUGCUUUCUGAAGAGACAGUAUGUGAAGAGCAGCAGCGUUCUCUGCCAGAGAGCGAGACCCAAACAGGAGCAUGUUGCCUCUGUGCUGGAUGAUCGAGAUGAUUCAGUGGUCCGUCAGGUUCAGCAGAUACCAGCCUUAAAGCCUGAACCAGGCACUGUGGCUCCACCAUGUGACCCCACUGAACCAGAAGCAGCCAGGGCAGCCCGCUUGGAAGCCCGGCAAUGGAAAGAGUUAAAGGUCGAAUACAGUGAUUUACCAGGGAUUUACGCACGGCUCUCCAAACUUAAAUUAACAGCUCUUGUGGUUACUACGGCAGCUGCUGGCUAUGCAAUGGCUCCAGUGCCCUUUGACCCUGUCACUUUUUUGAUGGCUUCAGUCGGAACGUGUCUCUCCUCCUGUACAGCCAAUUCCAUCAAUCAGUACUUUGAGGUGCCCUUUGACUCAAAUAUGAAUCGUACCAAAAACAGACCUCUGGUUCGAGGACAGAUCAGCCCUCUGCAUGCCGUGUCAUUUGCUCUGGCGUGUGGCAUCCCAGGUGUGACCCUGUUGACCCUGGGUGUAAAUCCCCUGACUGGCUUCCUGGGUGCCCUGAACAUCUUCCUGUACACGUGCUGCUACACUCCCCUGAAACGCCUCAGCAUCACCAACACCUGGGUGGGUGCCGUGGUGGGCGCCAUCCCUCCUGUAAUGGGCUGGACAGCAGCCACUGGCUCUCUCGAUCCAGGAGCACUCUUACUGGGAGGUUUCCUGUUCUCCUGGCAGUUUCCUCACUUUAAUGCACUAAGCUGGAAUCUAAGAGAGGACUAUUCACGUGGUGGGUACCGAAUGAUGUCCGUCACCCAUCCUGGCCUUUGUAAACGCGUGGCCCUCCGCCAUAGCGUAGGCCUGAUUGGCCUCUCAGCCUUGGGCCCCGUGCUGGAUGUCACCACCUGGACGUUCCCCUUAGUCUCUCUGCCCAUUAACCUUUACAUCAGCUACCUGGCUUUCAGGUUCUAUCGCUAUGGCGACAGGCAGAAUGCCCGGAAGCUGUUUUUCUGUAGUCUUUGGCACCUGCCCAUGCUGCUGCUGCUGGCCCUCACCUGCAAGAAGAGCCGCGUGCCGCAGGACGAGGCACCUGUGGCUCCCAGCACACCGUCUCCGGCUCUGUAGAGCAAACUCAAUCCCCUGCUAUCUUCAUACUGGCUAGAUAACUGCUAUCAGCCUUAAAAGUAAUCAUCUUGGAGCUAAAAACACACCAAAAGUGUGUACCUUGGAAAGGGAAGUCAUAACCUCUUUCCAUUGUUGUAAAAGUUUCUGUCAGGGAAAAAUAACAAUAUAAAAAUCCCUGAAUUCACUCAGGUAACUUGUACACAGAUUAAUGCUAUGUGUGUGUAAAUAGAUUCUAUAUUUAUUUGACGCAGCCCCCUGUUGUCUGUAAAUUCGUAGACCAAUUUGUGUCUAUGUGGGUCACUUAAAUAAAGACGA